UGACACAGACUAGCAAAAUGGACGCAAUCGGCAGAAUGUUGCGACCUCCAAGCUUAAAAUCCGUAAAAGAAGGAGCAAAAUCAUUAUUUAUCCCGCAUUUUAUAGUGAAUUUAUUUCUUUCAACAUCAUUCUUUAUUGUGAAAACCCUGCCGCCGAUUUGUGAUGUGUUAUUUGAGGAUUGUUCCCUUGAACUCAAACAAUGGGAGUGGCUCACUUUUCUCGGCUGUGUCAUUGUCCUCAAAAACAGAAAACAAGGUACCUUUCAGUACAGAGUGAACACAUCAUCAUUUUCCAAGCAAUUGCCUACACUAAUACUGUUCCAAGAUGGGAAGGAAAAGAUGAGAAGGCCAGCUAUGAGUGGCAAAGGAACUGUUGUCAAAUAUGUAUUUACCAAGCAAAAUAUCAUCAAUGACUUUGAACUUAAUGAAGUGUAUAGUCAAUGUAAGAAAGUCUUACCAAAGGCAAAGAAAGACAAAGAUGUUCAGCAGGAAAAGAAAGAAAAUUGAUGAGACAGAAUAAACUAUAUGUUGUCCGGUUAAUUGGUGAAUAUCUCAUAUGCCAUAAUCAUCAACUUAGUGCAGUAACGGGUUAGUGCCUUCUAAAUUAAAUAGGAGUUAACCAGUUUUUGCACUUAAGUGAUGAUAUAGUUAUAUUUGUAUAGUCAGGAAGUGUUUAUGGUGGAAAAAAAGAUUUUGGUGCAAUUUUUAACGUGAUAAAAAAUGCUUUGAUAGUUUGUUGACAUUCACUAUUAUAUGGAAAAUACACAGGAAAUUUGUUCACAGUGUUUUGUUUGUAAAAAAUGUUUUUCUUACUGUAUUUUAAAUAUCACUACCCAAGGACUAUUUGGGUUUAUUUUGUAUCCUAUAUUUAGGAGAAAAAAAUUAUUUGGAAAAAAGAUGCUUUUUUCCCUUCUUUAAGACCUAUAAGUGUAAUAAAUGAAAUAAUAAUAAAUGGAAAAAAAAUUUAACUUAAGAAUCAAAAUUUCGCUCAAAGAUAAAAUGGCUUUUUAAAAGAUCUAACAACAUAUCUGUUAAAUUUUUGCAAAAAAAAAAAAAAAACCAAAAAAUGAAUAAAAUAUUUGAUUGAUUUGAUCAUGGAAGAUUGUUUCAAGUUUCACAAUUGACUUACUACACUGUAUAAACCAACGAAAUGACAGCUGUGUCUUGUUGUGACAAUAUAGCAUUAAUUAAGUCUCUCUCCCAAUCCCUCUGUGUAUACAUUUACCUGAAUACUUUUGGGGCACAGAUAUAUAAACACACAAUAGCAGGCAAACAGAACUGAAUACAAAACAAGACAUAUCAAUUUAAACCUUCAAGUCUGUCAAGUAUACAAUACCAGGUUGUCAAAUUAGGUAUCCAAGAAAACACAUUAAAACAUGUAUGAUGACAAUGUUAUCUAUAGUUUCUCUAUUUAAUGUGUCAAAUUGUAAAACAGAAGUGCCUUCUGGCAACAAAACUGACAACAGGAGGGAGGGGGGUAUUUUUUAGAUGUCAGACCAGAUGAUAAGAAACAACUUGGUUAAAAUUCUUUGUGUUCAUGUAUUGACAUUUAUAUAAUUGUUGAUGUUAUUGUUAAAUACUUUUAUACAUACAUUACUUCACAUGCAGAUAUUGGUAUAUAAAAUAAACAAUUGAAGGAUUAUUUCCCAAAAUAUUGAAAUACAUUCUUUGUUUCAUAUGCUAAUGAAUAAAAUUUUAAUAGUAUGUGGAUAAUAGACAUGUAUUUGAGCUGAAUUUUGACCUUGGAGUAACAUAUUCUUUAAAGUUUAAAGAAGUAUUGCAUUCAGUAUAGAUUGAAUUAAUAUAAAACUGAAUACAUAUCAAAUUAUUUACACUUAGAUUUAACAAAGAAAUUUGCCCCAGAGAAGUGUUAAAAAAAUCAGUUAUGUAUCAUUAUGUUUGAGUUUCAAGAUUAAUUCAUCAAAUCAGCAAUAUUUUUACCACAUGUGACAUUGGCUGUUAGCAAUUUAGUAUGAAAUCAUUGUUUAUUUACAUAACUAAGCUAUAGGUCAGUUGUAGAAUUUAACACGAGUUGAUAUCAAGCAUUCCUUAAAAAUGGUUCUGUUCCUUCUUGUGUUCAUGCAGUAUUUUUCUUGUGUUGUUACAAAUCCUGUUUUCUUCCUUCCACAGCAACAUUUGUGUUUUGCAUGUCAGUUGACAUAAGAUGCAUUCCAUACUAUGAAAUGACACAAUGCCUGUUUUGCAUCACAUUUGUUUACAUACACAUUACUGUCCCCUUUUUCUAUAGUAUUUACAAUAGUUUGUAAACAAACCUACAAUAUAAAAUUUGAGAUAUAGACAAGAUUACAUCAGCUUUUGUAAAAACUAAAUGCAUGCCGAGUCAACCUGGUUGUUAUGUAUUUUUUCAUCCAAUAUUGAGUUAUGUUUUUUGUGAAGUUGUUUUUACCAUUUACCAGUAUACACAUAUUCAGACAAAA